CAGUGUGCGUGAGAGCGGCGAGUGUGUGUGCGUGCAUGAAACUCGACGACUUGUUGUGUGGAUCAAAUCGGUUGAAUCUGCACUUUGGACUUUCUCUUGGAAUCUUCGAUUGAGAGCACUGUCACCGUUACCAGUGGGAAUCGAGAUCUCACGGCGAGCGGUCUUUAAACUUUGGACAGGAUGAUCAACACAGGAAAACUAGCAGGACGGACCCUGUUCAUCACGGGAGCCUCGCGCGGAAUUGGCAAGGAGAUUGCUCUAAAGGCGGCCCGCGAUGGAGCCAACAUUGUGGUGGCGGCCAAGACGGCGGAGCCGCAUCCCAAGCUGCCGGGCACCAUCUACUCGGCUGCGGAGGAGAUCGAGAAGGCCGGCGGAAAGGCCUAUCCCUGCGUGGUGGAUGUGCGGGAUGAGCAACAGGUGCGCAGCGCCGUGGAGGCCGCGGUGGCCAAGUUCGGUGGCAUCGACAUUGUGGUCAACAACGCCAGCGCCAUCUCGCUGACCAACACCCCGGAUACGGACAUGAAGCGCUACGAUCUGAUGCACAACAUCAAUACUCGAGGCACCUUCCUGGUGUCCAAGGUGUGCCUGCCAUACCUGAAGAAGAGCAACCACGCCCACAUUCUCAACAUCUCGCCGCCGCUGAGCAUGAAGGCCAAGUGGUUUGGCCCCCAUGUGGCCUACACCAUGGCCAAGUACGGCAUGUCCAUGUGUGUGCUCGGCAUGGCCGCGGAGUUCAAGGACCAGGGAAUCUCCGUCAACGCUCUGUGGCCGCGCACUGCCAUUCACACGGCGGCCAUCGAGAUGCUGACGGGUCCAGAUUCCGCCCAGUGGUCACGCAAGCCGGAGAUCAUGGCCGAUGCGGCCUACGCAAUCCUGACCCGUGAGCCCAGGCAGUCCACUGGUCAGUUCUUUGUGGACGACGAGGUGCUGGAAUCGGCGGGCAUCACCGAUCUCACUGACUACGCCUGCAUCCGCGAGAACGCCGACAAGCUGAUGGUGGACUUCUUCGUGGAGGAGAAGGGAGCUCCGGUAGAGACUGAAGCUGCGGCAGGAGAUGCUGCUGCUGCUCCCGCAAGUGGAGGAGACGCCAAGAUUCCGCAGCUGUUCCGGAAAAUCGAAUCUCUCCUCUCGCCCGAGAUCGUCUCGAAGACGCAGGCUGUCUUCCAGUUCAACAUCAGCGGCGCCGAGCAGGGCACCUGGUUCCUGGACCUGAAGAACGGCUCCGGAUCCUGCGGUGCCGGAACGCCACCUGCCGUUCCCGACGCCACGCUCACCAUGAACUCGAACAACUUCUUCGACAUGUUCUCGGGUAAACUGAAGGCGGCUCCCGCCUACAUGACCGGCAAGCUGAAGAUCAGCGGCGACUUCCAGAAGGCUCUCAAGCUGGAGAAGCUAAUGAAGGCGCUCAAGUCCAAGCUGUAGGUGCAAUUGAGUGGCAGACUUUUUUAUUGUUUACAAGCGUUUCAGUUAUGUAUGUAUGUAUUUUCCUAAUAAAGUAUGAGAUUCCUUAGAAAUUCCAAAA